ACGUUCGUUAAUUAAUGAUGAAAGUACGCUUGUUUUACGGUGGGAAGCCGCGGAAAAUGUCGUGUGUCCUCUUCCGCACGUGAUAGCGCAGGGCCUUGAGAGCACUCGGUGAUAAGGAUACGAGCGUAGACGAGCGAGUCGCGCGUCUACGGCGACCUCGUCGUUUGAAUCGGCGUGGCUUCCUCGUGCGUGGCUCACGUCUCGCCCCUGUAAACAUGGUGUUUGGGCUCGUCGAAAUAAUUGUUUUUUUCCACGAGAUCGAUUAGACGAGAGCCGAUUUUCCGAGCGACACGGCGGGCACGACAACACGCGCGCGUUAUACCGCACGAAACCGGAGUACUAUGUGAUACUCGGCUGAACAGACAGAAAAGAUAUGGAUGCAUAUUUGCUGCACGGUAAGGCUCGGCGAUCUGCCAUUAAGCGUUUGUAAAUUGACGUUACCGAGGAUAUUCGCUCAGCAAUGAGCGGGAUUAGAUCGCGCCUCAUCAACGGCACCGCUGCGCCCCGCUCGUCCGCCUCGCGGCAGCGUGAAAUUGGAUAGCUUUGCGCUGCUCUAUUCGGCGUUAGCCGCCGUUUGUCAGCGUGAGCUUGUGUCGAGACUACCCGCAGUCGUAAGUGUUUUUCCCCUCUGCCCCCCGCCCCGCCCCCCCGCCCGACGUUCCCGCAUCCUCGUGGAAGUUGCGCCGUUAUUUGGAAAACGACACGACGAAGAUCAUCGGGCGAGAUAGGCGCUCGUGAGAUUACCCUGUCGGAUGUUUGCGCGGGCAUAUCCGUGCGACGCGCACCGUUUACUAGGUUAUGGUAGUUUUUAUAAAUACACACACGCACACCGCCCGACGCACUGCGUGCGGUCGAGACGAAUUCAUGGUGAAGUUGUUUUCUCUUUCUGCGAAACAGGAAACUGUAUGAUUUAGCGAUAGACUUGGGACAACCCCCGGUACCUUACCAUGGAACAGUCAGACACACUACAGGUACAGGUUCUCCAGUCUGAUGGGUCAGCCACGAAUAUUGACGCGCAGGCAAUCCAUGACGCGGAGAUUGUCAUCGAUCAGGGUGAGGAGGCCGUCGCUGAAGGUGGUGGCCAGGAUUCGCCGAGUGUGUGCAAGCAGCAGCCAGAAUGCAGUUCACCAGUGGAUAAUACCGAUAGCAAUGUAGAAUGUAAGUCAGAUGAUUGUGUAGACGCCGGCAACAGUAAUGUACUUGUUGACAAGGUCUGCAGCGAUGCGACUGAUCACACAAAGUCUGAUUCGGUUAAACUGGAUGCGGAGACGAGCACGUUAAAGGACGAGACUAUUGAGAUCUAUGAGCAUAUAAAGGAUGAAAUGAUCGACUCGACUUACGAAUCCUUGUUCGCCAAGGAAGACCAAAGCCUAAAUGUGAUAACUGAAUCUAACGUAGUAAAAGAAGAAAAGGAGACGACACACGCGACUGCGAACAAUGACGCUAACGUAGUAAAAGAAUCUGAUGUUGUGGAUGAGCAGUGUCCUGCGUUAGAGCAGCCUGCCAGUGAACAUUUUGAGGUUCAAGUUCGUGAAUCAGUGGAGGAGGCGAUUGAGGAGAUUCACAGUAACGACGGUAACCAGAAUAGCUCAAUAGUAACGAAUGCUGAACUAACCAAAUUAGUAAACGAAGAGACAGAAGUGGUGGUAGUGUUAGAAGAGACCAUACCGGACGUGCCGGACGCGCCUGCGAACAAUGUUGUUAUCAGUGUAGGUGACAAGGACGCUGUCAAGGAAUACAAGCAGGAGGCUGCGCUCGCUCUGCAGAAGAAUAAGCCUGACCACGAGUUCGCCAACCUGAUCGAAUACAGCGAGGAGAGCGACGGCACUAUAAUAGAGGUGAUCGCGACGGAGGUCGUGGAGCAACGGCGGAACAGCGAGGACUGCGCGGACCGCAGAAAGUGCGACACGGAGACCGCGAAGCUGACGACCGACGGCGGAAGUGAAGUGGCGCUGAACAAAAGUACAAAAGCCAGUGAGCCGAGUAGCAAAGGUCUGAUAAACUCGGUCAGCAAGAAGACCGACGCAGAGCUGAGUACCGCUAUCAUCGUAGACGAAAAGAUUGUUAUCACAGAGAACGUCAGCCCGAAGACUGAGGACGCUCACGAGCAUUCGGACAAGGAGGCGGUCGCAGCCAAAGAGGCGGGCGCCGCCGACUUGACGAAGAAGAGGAGCGUAAUUCAGGACAUUUUCGACGACUGGGGCGUGGAGAACACAGACGAAGACGCGCAGUCGACCUCGAGAGAGCACGACUCGGUGGAGAUCGAGCUGAAGAGUUUACUGGACGAGACGAAGCCGUCGGACGAAGCCGCCGCGAGUAAGCAGCCUCACCAGCAGGAGGCGGUUCCUCGCGCGGACAAGGAGUGCGCCGCGGACGACGCGCGGUGCGACACGGCCGCCGCGGACACGGCCGAGAAGAGCGCAACGACGAAGAAGUCGGCCGGACAGACGGAGAAUCAAAAGAAGAGCAAGGCCGGUGCCGGACGCGACGCUCCGUCGACGGAUCGAGCGGCCACGUCGCCGGUCGCCAAGUCGUCGCGCGCGUUCAAUGCCACGUCGCAUUCCACUAGCUCCAAGAACCGCUCCCGCCACUUAACCAGCCAGAUAGCGUCGCCGGCAGAGGUGACGGAAGUGUUGAAGGAGCGUCUGCGAGAGAAGCAGAAGGUCGUCGUGGAUGCGCCGCGCACCGCCGACAUCUUCUUCGUGAAGAAGCUCACGCAAAGAUUGUCCAGUAAACUAGCGGGCAGCCCGAUCCCGCCUCCGGCGAACCCGCCACCGUCACUGCCACAGCAACCUGCCGUCUCUCUAUCUUCUUCUACGCCCGCGCCGAUAACGACGGACAACUGUGAUAAGAAUGCAACGAGCGAGAGCGCGACGACGGACACAAGCAAGGACGGCACCUCCGACAACAAGGAGUUGUUAGCCAUCUUGGAGGGCGACGUCGACCCCGAUUGGUCCAUCCUCAAGCCACCGACGCUCACCGCGGAGGGUAAAGCACCAUCCAACGUGGAGCAGCCCGACCACGGCCCGCCGAAACUCGACCCCUUGGUCGAGCGGGAAAUGGCUCUGAAGCAGCUGCUCGAGUUACCUGUCGCAUCCUCGAAGAAGAGCACCGCGCGGAAGAAGAAGACGUUCAAGCCAGCCCCCGGAAGCAGGGCUGCUGCCAAGGACGCCGAGUCGAAGAACCCGGCUACCGGGCAGAACCCGAAGAAGAUCAUCAGCAUCGACCUGGCGAAGGAGAACGCGCGCACGCAUGUGGGACACACGGAGAUUGAACUGGACUCGCCAGUUCACGAGCAACAGGGCGCCCUGAAAAGCGACGAUGCUGCCGAGUCUCCGAGCCAAGCGACGCGCGCCGAAGAGUCGAGGUCGGGCAGGAAGCGCAAGCUCACGGAGAAGGCGAGGGAGCACGAGCAGCAGAACACGAUAAAACGGCAACAGAAGGUCUACAAAGGUAAGGUGCCAGUCGGCAAGAAGCAGGAGGCCAACGUCGCGGUCAACGACGACGGUCCGGCGACGGAGGCUCCCGCUAUAGCGGACGACUCGGAGCUGCAGAUGGACGUUGUAAAUAACGAGGAGACCGUGACGAAAGAGCUGGCGGACAAGCAGCAGUUCGACGAGAAGGCGGAGCCGGCUCUGAGCAAGCCCGAGAACUCGCCACUGAAGCGGCCGAAGCAGAGCCUCGCGAAGAAGGGCUCGCAGCCGAUCACCAAGAGAAAAGUCGUGGUGAAGAAGUUACUGCGGCAGAAGAUAUCGCCCAACAAGAAGCCCGUCAAGCUGAAAGCCAAACUGACCCCGUCGCCGAAGAAAGCGUCCUCGUCACCGAAAGUGAUGCCACCGAAGGCGCAGAAGCGGGCGGCCGAGGGCGCGUCGUCCAGCGACGCGAAGCCCAAGAAGAAGAACAACAACGAGAUCGACAGAUUGUUGCAGGACGAGGGGGUGGUGAACCUCCUGUACGAUGUGGAGCAGCCGGACAAGAAGCGUCUGGUCCCGAUCACCAAGUCGCGCGCCAAGGUGAUGGAUCUGCAGAAGGUGCAGCGCGAGCUGAAGAUCCGCAAGAAGCUGGUGCGCAACGCCGUGCUGCGGCUGCGCACAUCUUCCGGCACGGUGACGAAGGUGUCGCCGAGGUCGAAAAGGACGGCGGUUCAGCCGAGCGACGGCGCGGCCGACAAGAAGCUGGCGGAGCAAAUCGCGUCGCCGAAGACUCCGAACGCCACCUCACCCACGGAGUUUAUUCUGCCGGCGAAGAUCAGGAACGCCGCCGAUGCGUCCAUCAUAGUUAGGAGGCACUCGUCCAGCUCAUUCUCGAGCGCGUCCGGCAGCCCAAGGGUCAGCGUCGACACCCCGGACAAGCCUGCCGCCGAGAUCGCCACGGUCAAGUUGGACGACGGUGCCGCUCACUCGCUCAGGUCCGCCAAGAGGCGGCAUUCGCAAGACGAGAAGAUAAACGUGAAGAAGAGCAAGAAGAAGACGGACAAGUCCGACGCCGCCGUCGACGCCACUGCCGCUACCAGCACCAGCCCCACCGCUACUAACGUCACCACUUCUUCCACUACCGCGACCACCACGACCACAAUCAACGCCAACGCGAAUAGCGGCGCUGACGAGAAAGCCGCCGCCGCCGCCGCUGCGCGUCAGAGUAAAAACAAGGACGUGAAGAAGGUCGACAAGGCCGCCAAGCAGCAGGAACAUCAUAUCCCAGCGUUGGAGAACAGCGUCACCUCCAGUAAGGUCACUACGAGAUCGAACGGCGCGGCGACGGGAAAGGUGACGGCCAAGAGCAAGCGGGCCGUGAAGAGCAAGGUGAGCUUCGUCAGGCCAAGCGAAGCCGAGAAUCCUGAGGACUCCUCCAAGGAGGAGGCCGAACUGUCGGCCUGCCUCGCUGAAGCUGCUACCGCUCUCUCGAUCGUCAAUGCCGGCCGUUCGGGGAAUAACGCCAAUACCCGGAAGAGCAAAGGUAAAGUAAAUACAAGUAUCGUGAAAAUGUUGGAAUUAGGUAAUACCAAAACCGAGGCGCCAGGCCAAUUCCGCAAUAAGGAGAUAAAUGUGCGACGGCACGGUAAUCUCGUGCAAUUGAUACUUACGCCAUCCUCGUCGACGAGAGUAAGGAACGCUCUGACGUUGCAAGUGAUGCAGGAGUUCCGAGACGCCUUGUCGAUAUUGAACAGGGACGACAAAUGUAGGGUAGUACUGUUAACCGCUACAGGCACGAGUUUCUGCGAGGGCCUCGAGCUCUCGACGUUGUUACGCGCGAAUAAGGAGGAACGCCGGUCAGUCGCGCAAGAAUUAGCGCACGCCGUCAAGGAAUUCAUCAAGAGUUUAGCUACCUUCAGUAAACCCAUAGUAGCCGGUGUGCAGGGGGUCGCGGUUGGACUCGGUGUGACGAUGUUGCCCUUGUUCGACCUCGUGAUCGCCAGCGACAAGGCCACGUUCUCCACUCCUUACGCGAAACUGGGCCAGAUCGCCGAAGGAGCCGCCGUCUACACCCUGUCGCAUAUACUAGGCAGCCCAGUCACGAGUGAGCUCCUCUUGGGUGGUAGAACCCUGACGGCCAGCGAGGCGCUGAGAGCGGGCCUCGUUACUCGAGUUUUGUGGCCCGACCGAUUUCAAGUAGAACUGUUACCGUCGCUGCGGACCAUGGGCGAGCAAUCGUCACAGUCUAUGGAGGCGACCAAGGCUCUGCUGCGUCACAGCCUACGGAAGAAACUAGACGCCGCACUUGAGUCGGAAACGUACUUGUUGAUCCAACAAUGGUGUUCUGCUGAGUGUCAGACUGCUAUAAAAGCUUAUAUUGAUGGGAAGAUUCAGUAAAUGAUGUGCAACUACUAUCGAUAUAUUGUGACCCAACAAUCUGUGUUAGAAAUCGGAAAUGACGAUUUGUGAAUAAUACAAAUAUAUGUAAGGUCAAAAAAAAAAUAUACUUCUGGUGUAACAUUCUACGUCAACGCACGAUAUUUUAGAUAUAAGAUAUUGAAUCACUCUCAAAACAGAUGGACUAUUUUACUAUUAGAGAUCGUUUAGAUAUAAAUUUAUUAUAUAUAUAAAAUAUAUAUAUAUAUAUAUAUAAAUAUAUACAGAUACUUUUCCGCAGUAUGUUAUUAUUGUUAGAUUAAAAUAAAGGUACAUUCUGUAUUGAUUGUAA